UACCAAUUCCUGAAGGGAGAUGACAGGUUUUCCCGCCCGCCUCUUCCCAAGCCCUGCCCCUCUCCUUCCCUCCCCAAAUUUUGGGAACUACGAGUCCCGGCGUUCUUUGCAGCAGUCAAAUUAUUGGACCCAGGGUGGGCUCCAGGCUAAGCAGAGCCCGGGGCUCCGACUGGGGGAGAAGGCGGAGGCCGGACCCACAGUUAAGACAAGCUUCCCUCGGGGCUGGGGCGGGCAGCGACGGCGGGAGGCGGCUCCGCAGCCUCUUCUGCCCUCCGAGGGGAGUUUCCAGGAAGUGGCCAUAUUGGAUCCAUUCAGCCGCAGCGACCCAAGUGGAGAAGGAGCCACGGAGCCGGCUCCGAUCCCCCGGUUCCAGUCUCCCCUCCGCCCUCGAGCCAGUCCAUGGCGGCUCCCGACCUGGAGCGCCGCUCGAAAGAAGAGAUGCGCAUCCUCAAUCUGGGAGGCCAUGUGGGUUUUGACAGCCUCCCAGACCAGCUGGUCAGUAAGUCCGUAUCUCAGGGCUUCAGCUUCAACAUCCUUUGUGUGGGGGAAACAGGCAUUGGAAAGUCUACACUGAUGAACACACUCUUCAACACUAUAUUUGAGACAGAAGAGUCUGGACACUAUGAGACCUGUGUACGCCUCCGGCCACGCACUUAUGAUCUCCAGGAAAGCAAUGUGCACCUUAAAUUGACCAUUGUGGAUGCAGUCGGUUUUGGAGACCAGAUCAAUAAGGAUGAGAGUUACAGGCCUAUAGUUGACUACAUUGAUACGCAGUUUGAAAACUACCUUCAGGAAGAGCUGAAGAUUCAGCGCUCUCUAUUUGACUAUCAUGACACGCGGAUCCAUGUCUGUCUCUAUUUCAUCACACCCACUGGACAUUCCCUCAAGUCGCUGGACCUGGUGACCAUGAAGAAGCUGGAUAGCAAGGUGAACAUUAUCCCUAUCAUUGCCAAAGCUGACACCAUCUCCAAGAGUGAACUGCAUAAGUUCAAAAGCAAGAUCAUGAGUGAACUGGAUCAAAAUGGAGUCCAGAUCUAUCAGUUCCCUACAGAUGAUGAAGCUGUGGCAGAGAUCAAUGCUGUAAUGAAUGCCCAUCUUCCCUUUGCUGUGGUUGGCAGUACUGAUGAAGUAAAAGUUGGGAACAAACUGGUUCGAGCUCGGCAGUACCCCUGGGGUGUUGUGCAAGUGGAGAAUGAGAGUCACUGUGACUUUGUGAAACUCCGGGAGAUGCUGAUCCGUGUGAACAUGGAGGAUCUCCGAGAACAGACACACAGCAAACACUAUGAAUUGUACCGGCGCCAUAAGCUUGAAGAGAUGGGCUUCCAGGACACAGCUGCAGAGAGCAAGCCUGUUAGCCUCCAGGAGACCUAUGAAACCAGGAGAAAGGAGUUCCUAGGUGAGCUGCAGAAGAAGGAAGAAGAGAUGAGACAGAUGUUUGUGAACAAGGUGAAGGAGACAGAGUUGGAACUGAAAGAGAAAGAGAAGGAGCUUCAUGAGAAAUUUGAGCUCUUAAAGAGGACUCACCAGGAAGAAAAGCGGAAGGUGGAAGAAAAACGACGGCAACUUGAGGAGGAGAAAAUUGCCUUCAAUCGGAGGAAGGCAGCUGUUGAGGCCAUGCAGGUCCAAGCCUUACAGGCCACCUCACAGCAACCAUUGAGAAGAGACAAGGACAAGAAAAAAACCAGUGCUUGGUCUUCCAUUUAUAGUGUCACCAUCUCUUGAUGGAGCAGUUUGUGCCGAUUUAAUGAAGCCCCUCGACCCCAGCUACGUUGUAUUUAACUGUUCAGAGUUGAGAUGGCUACUUACAAGGUGCCUGCCCUAGGUGUAACCAAACAGUCUGGUGUAUGUGCUGUGAAAUCCACUUGAAUUAUGUUAAUUUUUCUAAUCAUACUUUAACUUUCCUAAGAAUUUCUAAAAGACGUCUAAAUUUGUAUCUUGAUGCAAAUAAAGCCAAGUAACAUCCUUUCCCAUUAUUUCUUACCAGUAACACUUCCCAUUAAAACAAACCACUAAAAAUUCUCUAAGCUUUUCCUCUGUAUUAUAAAAUACACAGAGACAUGGGUAAUAAACUUCAUAUUAUGACAGUGCUUGGAAUUUCUUUACUGGCAAAAGUGAUACAUAAAACAGGGUCAUUUCUACUGUUGGUGUAAAUGAAAUGGCAGGCAAUAAUACUGUUAUAGGCAUGACUCACAGUACUUGCUGCAAAUGGAAGUACAAUUAGCCCUGUGUCUUUUCCAGUGCCCGUUUGUCUUUUGAGAUACAAAGUCUUCUAACCAUAUACACCCAUAAAGAAGAAGCUAGUCAGCUCUAAGAGUACCUUGAUAACAUUCCUUCUGAAGUCAGAAUUCAGUUUUCUGAAAGAAAGAAAGAAAGAAAGAAAGAAGAAAAAUCAUGAAGAUGUCUAAUUUAUACAAACAGUAUAGGAAUAGGCAGCAGCCAGCACUGACAUUUCUCAAGCUAGCUAUGGAGACCACAGUGCAGUUUGGUUUGCCAAAUAUUGGAAAUAUUGGGCUUAAAACCCUAAAGAGCAAGGCACUCAAACAUGCUGUUGGUUAUUAUGCUGAAAGAAAACAAAUGUCCUUUCUCCUUGAUGCCUUUAGAAUCUACUCAUUUAUUGUUUGGCCAAUGGUGGUUUUGUUUUGUUUUGUUUUGUUUUUGCCAAUGUGGAGAUGUGGGCUUAUUGCACAACUUUUAGUGGAUGGUCUCUAAAGAAAAAUAAAGUCUUUAUUCUUCCGUUUUUCUCCCCCCUCCCUUUCUUUUCUCCCCCCACCCCCCACCCCAAUACACUCAAUCGGACCUGUUUUUAACAAUUUCCAGGACAUAUUCUUGGGCUCUCCCUUGCUCCCAUCCUGGACAGUGUUCCACUUGUGGGGAGGUGUGAACAAUGCCUAGCUUUUGUUGCAUCUGUUCUCAGAAGCAGCAUCUAUGCUCACCCUGGGAUAGAGCAGAUGUACUAAUUCUCAAGUUAUUUGAGAAGAGAGGUUAGCUAUUUUUAUAACUUUAUGAAAUUCACAUUAUUAUGAAAGUAGAGACCUCAAGAGAAAAAUGGUAAAUUCAUAUACAUUAGACAAUCAUGGCAGGAUGGAGUUUAUCGUCUUUUCUUGUAAUGUGUUUAGAUCCAAUUCAGGAGUUUGCUGAAAAGAUUCUUCAUGACUUGUCUUUCUCAGCUGAAUUUGUUGAGCAGUGGGAGGCCCAGUGGUUCAAUACAUUCACAGGUUCUUUUGGAAAAUAGAACAAUGUGUUUAUUACUAGAUAGAGAGUGGGUGUGAAUGUUUGGUCUUGAAAAAGAGCCAGAAGGCCAGUCAGCAACUACUGACUGCCCUGGUGAGGCUAGCAAUAUUGAGGUCUGGAAUGUGGAUAUCCAAGGGAUUGGAGACAUAAAUAGCUGUAUCCUGAUUGGUUGCCCCACAAGCACAUGGAUUCCAGAUGUUUCUGGCAGAAAAAAAUGAACUUGGAGGUUCCAUUUAGGCUGUCUAUUUCACGAACCUUAAAUCUUAGCCUUGCUGGCCUUACCUAUUGCCCACCUCUCAGAAAGUCCCACAUGUCAGUAUAAGCUUAUAUGUGUAUUCAUUUCUUUAUUGCCUUUUUGUGUUUGGGUUUUUGUUGUUGAGUUUUUGAUUGUUUUAAGUUUUUUUGUUUGCUUUUUUACUGAAACCAGACUAAUAGUCCAUGGUACAGGAGGUGAGUUGAAAUUCUGUGCCAUUUUUAACAAGCUACCGGCGUGGCCUGAUUCUAAUCCACAUGACUCUUUUACUUCUUGACAUAUAAAGGAUGACUACCCAUUCCAAAGGGUCAUUUGUAGAGGAUAGGUGUCCAGGGUUCUACCUACAUAUGUCCUUUGGUUGGCAUUAUCAAGACCUUUGGGACCACAUUAGCUUUUCCUACCAUGUCUUUUGUGGAAUAAAUAUACACAUAAAAUCAUUUUAGAUGAUUUGAAUUAUGCAGACUUUCUAUGCAUGUAUGUUUGUGUGAAUGUGAAUAAGACAGCCUACGUUAAAUGUUAUGUGUGUUAUUGGGUAAGGAGAGUGACUUUCAGAUUUGUAACAUUAACAUGCUUUUCCAAACUGCUUCAUUCAUACAUUCAUUUGUGGACUGUUUUUGUAUCUUUCUGUUUACCUUGUAUUCAUUCCCUUUUAUUAAAUUUCACUUUUUUUUUUUA